CAAUUAUUCGCAGUCCGAACAAGUACAACUAAACCAAUCAUAAUGGCACGUACUAAGCAAACCGCUCGCAAGUCAACCGGUGGAAAGGCACCUAGGAAGCAGUUGGCUACCAAAGCCGCACGUAAGAGCGCACCUGCCACUGGCGGAGUCAAGAAGCCACAUCGUUACCGCCCGGGAACCGUCGCUCUCCGUGAAAUCCGUCGGUACCAGAAGAGUACUGAGCUGUUGAUCCGCAAAUUGCCGUUCCAACGUUUGGUACGUGAGAUCGCACAGGAUUUUAAGACCGAUCUCCGCUUCCAGAGUUCCGCCGUGAUGGCUUUGCAGGAAGCUAGCGAAGCAUACUUGGUAGGUCUUUUCGAAGACACAAACUUGUGUGCCAUACACGCCAAACGUGUCACGAUCAUGCCAAAGGACAUCCAAUUGGCCCGUCGUAUCCUUAUAAUAUUUCCUCCAAUAAAAAAACGACAUAUCACUUUAGUUUGGUCUUAUAUACUACCGUACGGUCGAUUUUUCGUCAUUCAGUCAUCAGCGUUCCAAUCGUCUACUGUAGUAUCAUUCAAACUCUAA